AUGUUUCCAUUAAGUAUAAUUGUUAUUGGAAAUGUAACACUUGUUAUUCGUGUUCUUAUUCAAAAAGCACAAAUGAAACGUCGACAUCGACUUGGUUUAUGGCGAAAUAACUUUCGAAUGAUUAGUCAAUUGAUGUUUAUAGCUAUUUUAUA